AUGGCGCUUUUCACCCGCCACGAAUGCACCACCUGCUGCGAUGCCUGCAUCCUCCAAGAACUGGUCUCAAUCAAAAUCGUACGCGCAAUCGAAGGCGAUCCCGAAAGCAAAGACGAGCUCGUAAUCAGAGCCGCCCUCACAAUCCAAGACGACAACGACACCGCCAAAGGCGAUCUCGUCUGCCAUGGCUGCAUCUGCACCAUGUUUAUCAACGCAAUCGAAGACGAGUCCAACUACCCACCUCAAUGGGCCGGAUUCGAGUUGAAGCUGGCAAACUUCGCAUCCAUCCUUGGCGGCUUCCUCGCAACCUCGUACAAGAUGAAGAUCGUCGAGUAUAAGAUAAAGUGGGAUGAUCGGGUCUAUUGCACUUCUCGAGGAGUCAACGGCAUCGUAUGCGGCAAAUUCAUCGGCGAGAAGAGCGCCCACCCUCUCAGAAAGUAUUGUUUCGAUUGCGGGACAUCGGUUUGCAUGUGCUGCAAGGACCAUAUCGUUCCUCUCGUCCCGCACAAAUGCGACGGAAAUGCCCUCGCGGAUGAGAAGGACUUCAAGGGAUUGACCAAGGGCAAGGAGUGGCAGAAGUGUCCGAGAUGCCACAACAAGUUCGAGCUUCGGGAUGGGUGCAACCACAUCAUCUGUGCCGUGUGCAAGGAAUCGUUGUGCUUCAUCUGCGGUGCGCCGGCAGCAGCCAACUCGAACCACUGGUGUCGAUCGGGUGGCUCUCGCUGCCCUCGCUACAACCAACCUGGUACCCCGAACGCCAUGUUCGAAGAGGACGCUAUCGCCCUUGCCUUCCCAGAACUUUUCCAGGACAUUCCGAGGCCACCAGCUCACAUCCCCAACCGCGGUGCAUUCCACGCUGAGCAGUUGCGUAGAGAGAGACUGGUCGACGUUGGCGGAGGAGAGCUUCUCACAGCGGAGGAUUUUUUCACUGCGCAGGAGUUCCUGACAGCUAUGCCAGCACCACCACCACCUCGAGCAAUCGAGCGAGCCCACGGAGGUGAUGCAACCGCUCAGCCACCAGCUCCUGAUCGUGUGCAUCGACAGAGGGUUACUGGCCCCGUGCACAUCGCUGUCGGCAACGGCGACAUCAAUGCCGCUGCUCGCAGCGUCAACCCCAUCCAGCCGAGACGCAACCGCGUCUUCAACCUUCUAACCAACCGUACAGCCCGAGAGAAUGCCAUGCCGAAUGCCCAUGCCAAUAUGCCAUUGCCGCCACGCCAUCGCCAAGCCAGUCAACCACAGCCGGCCGUUCAGACUCAGCGUUUCAACGCUCAUCCUGCUAUUCGACUUGCUAACAGAACGCAGCAGCAGACGCAACUUCGUCGUUCCAAUGCCGUUUCAAAUGUGGCCGUCGUCAACGAGCCUCUCAACGGACUGGUCCAUGGCCAUCACCACCGCGGCCAGCACGGUCUAUUGGCUCAGGCUCAGACACAGCAGGAGCAUACUCACGCUCAUCACCGCGUCCAGCAGCAAGCACAAGAGGCACGCACUCACGCCCACCACCGCGGCCGCCACCCUCAACUCACCGAGCCUCAGCUCCAGGCGGAGAACGAGGACACCAACGCCCAACCUCAAGAAGACGUCUAUCAACCCCUCCCACGCAACCCAAGCCUCGACUUCACAUUCCGCUUCCCACGCCACACCCCGGACUACAGCCAAAACCGCCACUUCACAAUCAUCGGCGCCGGCACUAACUCCACCCUCACCCCAAACCCCCUUAACACCCCACCACCACCACGCGGCAACAACCUGAUGGCCGUCAACCAAACCAUCCACUUCCGCCACCCCGACCUCACCGGCGCCUAG